GUCUGUUUGUGGUCGUAUUAUAUCAGUUUUUUUUCUUUGCUGGUUGUGUAGAGAUGUCGACGGACCACGAGAUCCAGUUUUGGUUGUUGGUUCUGGGCUACGUGGUGAACAAGAAGAGGAAACGUAGACGGGAGACGGUGAGGAAUUACUGGGUGCACCCGCUGACCAGCCAGAGGUUCUCCAAGGGGCAGUUUCACCUUCGUUAUGGAGAUCUGCGCAAGUGUCCCAAGAGGUUCUUUAAUUACUUCAGAAUGUCCAUUGGAACGUUCGAUGAGCUGCUGGAGUUCCUGAGGCCGGCCCUCAUACGGAGCGACACGCAGAUGAGACUGGCCAUAUCACCGGAGGAGCGGCUCUGUGUUACUAUAAAAUACCUGUCCACCGCACACAGUUUCACCUCCCUGCAUUUCCGCUUUCUGAUUGGAAAAGCCACCAUCAGGUUAAUCGUACGGGAGACCUGCAAAGCGAUAUGUGACACGCUCUAUAAAGUCUUUAUGCCGGAGCCGACCAAGGAGAAAUGGGUGCAAAUAGCUGAAGACUUCUAUACCUCUACCAGCUUCCCAAACUGUGUUGGAGCUCUAGAUCUUUUGAAUUUCCCGCCUGCUAGCCAGCAGUCUGAACAGGUUGGGAACGACAUCUUCAGUCACAUGACCGCUUCUUUCUGGGUCUGCCAAAGGAACACUGAACAGACCGAACAAAAACGGAAAAAGACCCCCCGCCCUUCCCACCCGUCCGAUUCAUCGCUUCUUAAUUUUGGGACUGGGGAGAAGUAUGACAUUUAA